AGACCUCAGAAACAGAAAGUAGUCCUCUAAAUUCUCUAAAAACCCUAAUCGCAUUUGGCUGCAGAGCGUCGUCACAGAGACCAGUGCACCUCUUUCAUCGAUAAUCGAGGAGGCAGGCGCAGCUACAACAACUACUCAUCAACAAUGGGGAUCGAUCUUGUCGCUGGUGGGAAGAGCAAGAAGACCAAGCGUACAGCACCCAAAUCUGAUGAUAUUUACCUCAAACUUCUCGUUAAGUUGUACCGUUUUCUGGUGCGGAGGACUGGAAGCAAGUUCAACGCAGUGAUACUGAAGCGUCUGUUCAUGAGCAAGGUCAACAAGGCUCCACUUUCUCUGUCGAGAUUGAUCCGCUUCACAAAGGGAAAGGAGGGAAAAAUUGCUGUGGUUGUGGGGACUGUUACUGAUGAUAUUCGGAUUGACAAAGUUCCGGCGUUGAAGGUGACUGCGCUGCGGUUUACUGAAACCGCAAGGGCGAGGAUUGAGAAGGCUGGCGGAGAGUGCCUGACGUUUGACCAGCUUGCUCUCAGAGCUCCACUGGGACAGAACACGGUUCUCCUCAGAGGUCCAAAGAAUGCUCGUGAGGCUGUGAAGCACUUCGGCAAGGCUCCUGGUGUGCCACACAGUCACACCAAACCAUAUGUGAGGUCAAAGGGGAGGAAGUUUGAGAGGGCUCGAGGAAGGAGGAACAGCAGGGGAUUUAGGGUUUGAGUUAUUUGCAUGCUUUAUUUUGAGGCAGAUUUAUUGUUACAAUGUUGGCAAUCCAAAUUUUGCAAGACACAUAGAUAUCUGUAUCAGUUGCUUAUGUUUGUUUUUUGUUUCUCUGAGAUUUUCUUGAACUAAUAGUAACUUGGAUUAAUCAACGUGUGGCUUUAAGAAGCAAGAAGAUUAUCUAUUGUUAGAAAGUGGUAUGUUUGGUUUA